UCGGGCGGCGGCCAGUGCGCAGCGAGCAUGCCAAAUCCCCGGCAAAGGGGUACCGGCCGGGCCUCUGGACGGAGUGCUUCAACAUGGUCAUCUCGCCCAGCCUCGACUCCUACUGGGCCGACUGCCUCCGCUACAUGUGCUCCAUCGAGAGGCGGUCGCAGUUCAAGACGUCUAAGAACAACGCCUCAAGGUACAACCGGGUUUCCUGAGAGAGAGAGAGAGAGAGAGAGAGAGAGAGAGAGAGAGAGAGAGAGAGAGAGAGAGAGAGAGAGAGAGUAUAGGUAUACCUUCGUUGCGGGAUAUAGGGAAAGGGUGCCACACCCGCGGAAGACCCUCAAGUGGCAUUUUCGAUUAAGCGUUCGCAUGUUCCUCGAUGUCGCCCGUGACGGUUUGGCUCAGGAGAAGAAGAAGAUGCGCGCCAAGAAACCCUAUGAAUUUUGUGAACAGUUGAUUGAUAACUGA